GUGUUAUAUCGUAUAAAAUCCGCGAAAACAACUCAUUUGAUUCGUAACUGUCAGAAGAUAAAGGUGCCUUUCGGGAGUGAUAAAAACCAACAAUGAAGUCGUGUUCGGUGAUUGUGGUUGUGGUGCUGAAUUUGGCAGUCGGAUUCACCAAGAUUGCUCCAGUGCUUGAGGUUUGCAAACGAAACGAUCCAGCUUUGGGCCAAUGUAUCAUCAACGUAGUGGAAAAGAUUCGACCGAACAUCGCGUCCGGAAACUACGGAGAAAAUCGAAAUGCCCCUCCGUUGGAUCCGCUGCUGAUUGAUAAAAUCGACAUUGACCAUGGGCCAAGUUUUAGGGCCAACCUUAGAGACAUUUCCAUUGCUGGUGUUAGUGGUUUUGUGAUUCGGAAAAUUCGUGACGAUGUGCCGAACAGGAUGUUCAAUAUCAGCGCGAAAUUACCAUCGCUAUUGGUGAAAGGCAAAUACGAUUUGGACAUGAAUAUUCUGCUUUUGAAAAUCUCCGGCAGAGGACCUUUCAAUCUAACGUUAGAUGACACCUUGGUCAGUCUGAAAGUGAAAUACUUCCUAGAACCGAAAGAUGGGAAGAAUUACCUCAAAUUCCAUCCGGUAGGCUUGAAGAUUAAGUUCAACGAUGCUCGGUUUUAUCUGAAGAAUCUGUUCAAUGGUGACCCUGCGCUGGAGGAAAUCGGAAACCAGGCUAUCAACGCAAAUCCCCACGUUUUGCUGGACGAAGUCAAACCUUCUCUUAUGGACAAGUUAACCCUAUCACUGACGGAGAUCUCCAACGCGGUUGUGGCAGGGGGCGAGGAAGACGAGCUACUUCCGUCGUCAUGAAUGAAGUGUGGCAAAUUAUCCAGACUCGAUCGCUUAGAAUUGCUUGGAUUGGUUGUGGAGCGCAAUAUGAUGUUUACAAGUGCAAAUGAUACAGUUAAAUGAAUAAUUCAGUUUAUCGGUUGAAUAAGUGUCUUCUCGUGGUGAACUGAAAUUCAAAGUCCGCCUCUUUUCGAUAUGGACUUGUGAUUUUGGACAGAAAAAAAAGUGUGAUAUGGAUUGAAAAAUAGGGUUGUUAAAUAUGCUGAGAAUGUUAGAUUCAAUAAUAAUAACAGUAAUGAGUGAUAUUAUGUGUCUGAAUUUUUAUUAUGUUCCUAUUUCGACCUACUUAUCAACGUUCUCUCACGAUUAAAUAAUCCAUAACGUGUUCCCCUUCAGCGCCACCGAACCCUUCUCUAAGUUUCGACCUACACAAUCGAACUUGGAGUUGGAAGUAUUUGGUUUAAAGAACGGUAGUUUGCGGUGUUACCUAAUAAAUCCAUAGUUCUGUUUUCCGGACUCACUUACAGUUUUUUUUUAAUUCUCGACGUCAAAGUGAAGGAUAAUUCAAAAAUAUUUCAAUGUGAAAAGGUCAGAUAUGUGCAGUAAUAUUGAUCCAGUUUUUUCUGUUAUAAAAAAUGGAGCGGCUUCUAAAAAGCGUAUGAAUGGGCACAUUGAUGCGCUAUAUCAAAUCUAAAUACGUGCAAGUCAUUUGAAUUACUCCAAGGUUCGAUCAGCUCGACUAAUUAUAAAAAAUAAUGAUAGCAAGUAACGAGCAAUUACAACCGGAUCUUGCAAAUCUCUACAACAAUUAGUCACUCGUGGAAGAAUAGAACAAGUUGUUGACUCCGACGAAUCUAUCUAUCUGGAUCUAGCAGAACAAUUUACCUACGCGCCAUAUAAUGUGUCACUAGAUUGCGCUUUCGAAACUUUCAACUUUCAUGAAAUGAUUUCAAGGGAAGUCGGCUAUUCAUUAGUUGCUCAGCGUAGGUUUGAGAAGCGAAUCAGAGCGCUGUAAAGGGAGAGUACGGAAUACGUAAAAAUAAAAUAUAAUGAUCGGAAGAAAACCAAAUUCGUGGUGGAUUUUUGCAGGUAUUCAAUCCGGUUUACAUAUAAUGAACUAAAUGUUGGAGGUUGUUCUGGUUGGAUGUAGAAAUCCUGUAAUUUUCACUUCACGUAUUUAGAGUUCAAACAGCCGUCUCCGAUAAUUUUGUCUAAUUGUUUCUUCACUUUCUGGGCAUAGCAUACAUAUUCUUCGCCCCUCUCCUGGCUCAUUAAGAGACAUCGUUGCAUCAUAAUGGUCCAAUAGGUUUCGUUCAGAUAAACACUGGAAAAUGAAUCCACCAAAUUAGUCUCAUAUCAUCCCAUUACGUUUUUAAAUAUGCUACUGCCGGUUAUCUACCUACUCCGGGUCAUGUAUCGAUUGCUCGUGGAAUGGUUGAACUCAAUAUUCUUGCACCCGUUUUCCCUAAGUCAAAGUCAAUAAUCCAUCGAUAUUUCACAAUCACCUGUGCACGAAAAGAUUUCAUGUGUUUCGAAAAAUGAAAGUAUUUUUUGCAGCUCAUAAAAUUAGGCACAACGGGUAUAUACGUGAGAACAGUGGGGCUUCAUGGAGCCAGUGCGCUAGGCUUUUGAAACCGUUUGAAGAAAUACCAAAAAAUACAAGUUCUGUCUUCGCCGUUCUGUAGUGCCGAAACCUCUGUGACUUGGCUCUGGCGAAUCUUGAAGAAAAUGACGAUUUUCAUCACAUAAUCAUCUUCAGCGAUGAUGCUCAUUUCUGGUUAAAUGGCUUUGUCAACAUGCAAAAUAUGCGUUAUUGGUCAGAUGCAAACCCACAUGUGCUUCAAGAAACACCGUUGCAUUCGCAAAAAUACUGUUUAUGUUUUCAUGGCGGAGGAGUGAUUGAACCGUAUUUCUUCGUCGAUGAGAACAACCGUCAUGUUCCCGUCAAACGUUGGCUACUCAGCUACACUUUUCGGCCGGAAAGUUGCGAAUUUCGCGUUGGAUAUUGUCUCUGAGCUCUUCUAAAGUUGCAGGUCCCAUAAAAAGAAAUACAAUGGCGUCAAAUCGCAUGAACGAGGCGGUCAACGAACAGGUUCUUCUCUCGAAGUAACGCGUCAACCAAACUUGCUUUUUAAUAAAUCCGUUGUAACGUGCAACGCUUCUCGGCCUAAAGGCUAAGAUCAAAGUGUAGUUGUAACGUGCGCUGUUUAUCAAGUGGCACCGUAUUGUUGAAACUACAUAUCAUUGAUGUUAAGAUCUUCCAAUUCUGGCCAAAAAUAGUCUUCCAACGAUAUCGGUGGCUGAGAGCCACCAUACGAUCGGAACAGUAAAACAUGUUUGGCGGCUGAGAGCAGACAUACGACCGCAAAGAGAUAAUGAAUGUCCUGAAUAGGUUUACAAAUAAUUUUUUGGUGUGAAAAAAAAGAGAGACACCUUCUACAUGUCAUUCUAUAAUAUUUUAAUCGCCCUAUGACAAUGAAUUGAAAGGAAUGCAGGAAUGUUGGUUAUUGCAUUAAAGGGUGUGUCACAUCAAAUUGCAUCACGGAAAAAAUGCUGUAGAAAUUCGCCCAGUAGACCGAUCCUUUUGAAAAUAUUAGACAGUAAAAUAAAAACUAUUAAACAA